UGUUUAUCAGAAUGAACUCUGCGAUCUGCUCUCGAUUGCUCUCCCCUGGAGUGGAUAACAGAGCCGAGGCUGUCGCUGAUGCAACCUGCUUGGCUGUUUCUUUCCUCCACGGCUCAUUGUAAGACUGCAGAUUCAGAGCUCGCCCAGCAUCAUGGCAGAUCAGCUCAGUCCCGAGGAGAAGUUCACCCUCAUUACCAGGAACCUCCAGGAGGUCCUCGGUGAGGAGAAGCUGAAGCAGGUUCUUCAGGAGAGGGAGCUGAAGGUGUACUGGGGGACGGCGACCACUGGCAAACCGCAUGUGGCUUAUUUUGUUCCCAUGUCUAAGAUAGCAGAUUUCCUGAAGGCCGGCUGUGAGGUAACAGUUCUGUUUGCAGACCUGCACGCUUACCUUGACAACAUGAAGGCUCCCUGGGAGCUGCUGGAGCUCCGGGUGAAGUACUACGAGCAGGUGAUCAAGGCCAUGUUGGAGAGCAUCGGCGUUCCUCUGCAGAAGCUGCGUUUCAUCAAAGGCACCGAUUUCCAGCUCAGCCGAGAGUACACCCUGGAUGUGUACCGCCUAUCCUCCAUGGUGACUGAACAUGAUGCUAAAAAGGCUGGAGCUGAAGUGGUGAAGCAGGUCGAGCAUCCUCUGCUGAGUGGUCUGCUUUAUCCUGGACUACAGGCUUUGGACGAGGAGUACCUGCAAGUUGACGCCCAGUUUGGAGGAGUUGACCAGAGGAAGAUCUUCACUCUGGCAGAGAAGUACCUUCCCUCCCUCGGAUAUGCAAAGCGUGCACAUCUGAUGAACCCAAUGGUUCCAGGACUGACUGGGGCUAAAAUGAGCUCCUCAGAAGAAGAGUCAAAGAUCGACCUACUGGACUCCAAAGAGGAUGUCAAAAAGAAGCUGAAGAAGGCUUUCUGUGAGCCACGCAACAUCCAGAACAACGGAGUUCUCUCUUUUGUUAAACACGUCCUCUUUCCUCUACGAGGAGAGUUCUGCAUCAAACGGGAUCCGAAAUGGGGGGGGGACAAAGUUUAUACCGGGUUUGAGGAAGUGGAAAAGGAAUUUGCUGAAGAGAUGAUCCAUCCAGGAGACUUGAAGGCCUCAGUGGAAGCUGCUCUAAAUCAACUCCUGGAUCCAAUCAGAAAGAAGUUUGAGUCUCCGGAGCUCCGCAAGCUCACCAACUCUGCUUAUCCCGAUCCAUCGAAGACAAAAGCAGGAGGAAAAGGUGCUAAAACCGGAGGAGAAGAUGGUGAGCUGGUGCCCUCCAGGCUGGACAUCAGGGUGGGCAAGGUUAUCAGCGUGGAGAAGCAUCCGGACGCUGACUCGCUGUACCUGGAGAAGAUCGACGUGGGAGAGCCAGAGCCGAGGACGGUGGUCAGCGGACUGGUGGCCUACGUUUCCCAGGAAGACCUUCAGGACAGAAUGGUGUUGGUCCUGUGCAACCUAAAACCACAGAAGAUGCGAGGGAUCGAGUCCCAAGCCAUGCUGCUAUGUGCCUCAGUAGAAGGUGAGCCCCGGAAGGUGGAGCCUCUCGACCCACCAGAGGGUUCUUCGCCAGGGGAACGAGUGUUUGUGGAGGGGUACGAGUCGGAGAAACCAGACGAAAAACUGAACCCAAAGAAGAAGGUGUGGGAGAAGCUGCAGGUGGACCUAAAGAUCUCAGACGGGUGUGUGGCUCAGUGGAAAGAUAAAAAGCUGCUGACCAAACUGGGACACAUCACAUGUAAGACGCUGAAAGGAGGCAACAUCAGUUAAAGACGCAAACAGACUCCACCAACGACUGAAGCUGCUCCACAAAUCACCACGAGAACAACAAACUUCAUAUGGAUGUUUUUGGAAGGACAAAGGCACAUUUCUGACUAAAUAGACCAACUUUCCUUCUUUGUCUUGACUGGGAAAAAGUAUGAAGCUCCAAUAUAAGUUGCAGUUAGUUGCAAAAUUAACUCUUUAACUAAAUAGUGUGGGGUAAAGGCACCUAAAUGUACUCGUGCAACAAAUUUGUGGCAGAGUGGAGAUAAGGGAGCCUGAUGAGUUUGCUCGUCUAUCAGGUUUUUGAAAGAGCACUUCAUGUUUUGGUAUUUUUCCAGGUUAAACGUGUCAAGUCAGUGGUCAGUCUGCCAAAUCUGAUAAAAAGGAAUGCUUUCAAAGUUUCUACACAUCACAUGUAUGUAAAAUCAAAAUGUCUAAAACUGUGAGACGGUUGUAAUUUGGGUAAUGUACAGAAAUCCAUGUCUGAUCAUCAUGUUAUAAUGAACUAAUUCAUCAUCUGGAAAAUACAAUAAACACUGACUGAAUCAGG